AAAAAGUUAAAAACCAAAAUUGAAAAUGGGAGCUUGUCACACCAAAAGGUCUAGAAGAUAAAGCAAUGAAUGGAAGGUUAGUGAAAGACUCACUUCUGAAAGAUUAGAUUUCAUCUUUUAACGGUUGUCCCUAUAUUUAGAACUCGUUGGAGACACUCACUCGUUAGGAGGCUAUUUAUAAGAGAAAAUAAAAGAAUUAUUUCAGAUAAAAUAAAAACUUAUCUUAGUUAAAGAUCACUUACAGAAACUAGAAUUACUUCAUUAAGCAUCAGAAGUAAUUGAAUACUUGUACGAUGAUAAACACUUCAGUUAGGCUUUCCCUAUUUUAAGGGAAAGUUUGUAUGAAAUCACACAUUUGACAUUAGUCAUAGAGUGAUUUACACUAAGCG